AUGAUGUCAUCAAUAUUCAGUACGUUUGAAGCCAUGGGCGCUGAAUCGUACGGCUGGAAACUCGUCGAUUUUACUCCUCAGAAGAUCUCUUCUGAAUCAACGACGGCCAAAACAACGAAUCCGUCGAGUGUCGUCGAGAAUAAGAGCAAUCAUAAUAAUAAUAAUAAUGGAAGUGAUAAUAAUAGUAAUUCAUCGUCAGUUUCGGGUUCGGUGAAGAAGGAAUCGAUGAACAAUAACAACAAGAAGAAUCCUCGGUUUGCGGUGGAAUUGGAUGGUGUUCAUUGUUUCGAGACUAUUGUUCCGUACUGA